GUUUGCCAGAUAAUUAUGAAGAAUUAUCUGAUUUAGCUACUGUUAUUGCAACAUAUUAAAAGAUAUCAGUACUUUCUCUUAAUCUAAGUUAUAAUAAUAUAAGUGACCAAUUAAUUUCUUCAAUAUCUUCAAGCAUACAAUAAUGCAAAAUUCUUUCUGAGCUAAAUCUCAAUUUAAUGAAAGUUUAAGAUCUGACUGAAAAAGGCUUAGCACUUUUUUGUUCUUCUUUAAUAAAUUACCCAAACCUCUAGACUUUCAAGCUUGAAACAUCUGUCAAAUUAGGUAAAAAACAAUUUGUUUGUAUAGGUUCUGCUUUGGCAUAGUGCAAAAAUCUCUAGACUUUAAGUAUUAUACUGAGCUAAGUUAAGGUUAAGGCUUAAGACGCAUAAGGAUUAGUUUCUUCUUUAAGAAAUAGUGUAAGUCUCUAAUAGUUAUCACUAGAUUUUAAUAACCAUAAUUUUGGUGAAAAAGGAACAUAAGCUGUUAGCUCUGCAUUAAAAAAAUUGACAAAUCUUCUGUAUUUAAAUUUAAAUCUAAAAAAUAAUAAUAUUGGCUAAUUAGGCUUUUCAAGCUUAAUUUCUAACUUGCAAUGCUUAGAAAACUUAAAGACUCUCAUUUUAAAAAUUAGUCGCGAUUCAAUAUCCAAAAAAAUUGAAAGUUUAUCUUUUCUUUCUAGCUUAAAGAACUUAUAAACUCUCUAAAUAAGUCUUCCAUCGAAUGACUUAGAUGAUAAUUGUGCUGCUUAUUUAAGUCCUGCUUUGAAAUCUCUAACAUAAUUAACUAAUUUAUCUUUAAAAUUAGGAUCUAAUUAAAUCGGAGACAAUGGAUUAAAAGCGCUAAAUCUUACUUUCAAAGACUGCACUAAUCUUUAGAGUUUGUCUCUAGAUAUUAAAUCACAUUUGAUAGGUUCGUAGGGUUUUGCAUCAUUUUCAUUUUUAAAAGACUGUUCAAGUCUCUCUUCCUUGAAACUUAAAUUAGAUAUUAAUGAAGAUGAUAAUAAUGCAACUUUUAGAUUAGGAAGAGACCUUACCUCAAUUAAAAAUUUAAAGAGUUUAUCACUUUAAAUGAACGAUUUCAUGGAUAUUGAUCAAAAAAGCUAAAUAGAUUUUUUUUCUCAUAUAGCUGGUAGCCAAAGUCUUAUAAUUCUAUCGCUCGAUAUUAUGUUAAAUAUUAGUUGCUAUUAAACUUAAUAAAAAAAUAGAAAACCUUUUUAAAAAGACAACUUUGCAUAUAAAAGAUGGAUCUAGAAAAUAAAAAGAUUAGUUCAUUACUAACUAAAAUGAAUUAGGGUUUUACUGAUACAAAAGAUUUAAUAUGUUAAAUACUGAUGUUGCAAGUAUUAACCAAUUUAAAUAUAUGAUUAUAAAGUAUCAUAAAUUUAUAUAUAUUUUGAACAGAGUUUUUGUAAUUUUUAUUAAUUUUUUUGAAU